AUGACAAACGUUAGUUCCGAUUACGAAUUUAUAUUUACAGCAGCGGAUGCUCGAAGACAACAAAGAAGUUAUUCAGUAUUAUCAUGGUCACAAAUAUUUAAUCCUUCAUCCUAUUACAGUAGGAAUAAUAUAAAUAGAGAAAAUACUAUAAAUUUAUCAAAUACGAAUAGUAUUAGACAACAAAGUAAUAAUAAUAGUCAACCUCCAAGUUAUGAAGAAGCUAUUCAACAAUCUUUAAAUCCUUCUACUGUAAAUAUAGCACCUUUAGCUCGACCUACUGUAAUUCAUCAUCCAUUAGACCAAGUUAUAAUUCCUGAUGAAUCCCAACCUUUACUUUCUGAUCCUGAAAUACUCGAAGAUUCUAAUUAUUUAGAAAGAAGUAAUAACAACAUCACUACUACUGAUAAUAAUAAUAAUGAUAUAAUUAAAAAUAGAUUUGAUGACUCAAAUCCAGAUGAUGAAAUUCAAGAGUUAGGAGGUCCAUCUUCUUCAGGUUCUAAUUUACCUAUUUCAAAUGAAAGAUCAAUUCCUGGAGUUCAUUAUGGAAAUGAUGGGAUUCCUCCUCCACCUGAAUAUUCUUUGUCUGACGCUAUUUAUGAAAGAGAUAUUAAUGGUGUUACAAGCCAUGAUCCUAAAUUAAAUAGUGAGCCUGAAUCUCUAUUAAGGUUUUUUAUGGAACAUAAUGAUAAACCUGAAAUGGCAAUUAAAGUCCAUGGUUAUCAUACUGAAGUUGUUGAUGAAAGUUACACGAGUACAGAUUCUGAUGGCAAUAGAACGGUUCAUUAUCAAUCAAGAACUGUUGAAAUAACAGAUUUUAAUUUCACUCUCGAUUUAACUGAACAUAUUUCAACUAAUGGUAUAAUUCGUACUAUAUCAAAAAAUAAUAAACAAAAAGAUAUUUUGGAAUUAUUAAAUGAGUAUGUUAAAAAUGAAAAUACGUUAAAAAAUAUUGAAAUGAAAAAGGUUGUAAUCUGGGAUUAUGAAUCUUUAACAAAAGCAAUAUCAACAGUGAUAAGACAACAAGGAUAUCGUAGUGAUUUACGUAUAACAUUUCCACUACGUAAUCAUUUCGUACGCGUAGAAUCUGAUCACAAAUUCGCUAAAUUUGCUAGAAAUAUUUGGACAAAAAUUUUGUGCUUUAUAACUUGUCUUUGGAUAAUUUUUUUCCCUAUACUUUGGUUAUAUAGAAAUAGUUUUAAAAAUCAAAUUAGAAGUGAUUUUGUAAUGAAUAUUAGUGAAAAGGAUUGGUUUGAUAGAAACGUUAAUUCUAUUGUUACUAAUGUUAGAUGGUUAUAA